AAUCAUCAAUAACUGUAAAUACUAAUAACACCAAAGUGUAGUGUAAAAUUCGUGAAGCUCGCUCGCAUUCUAUAUAAACCUCUCUCUCUCUCUCUCUGCUCCACACCACUCCAACCUUUACUUACAUAGAACAGGAAACGCGAUCGUUGCAGAAUCUGUGAUCUGCUGUGAAACAUGAUGAAUUCUAGAAGAGACACCCGAAACAACAGAGUUGCUCUUUUUGAUGGUAUUGAGGAGGGCGGCAUCAGAUCAUCAUCUCUUUACUCCUCAGGUUCAUCCCAUGAAAUCGAUGAACAUGAUAAUGAACAAGCAAUAGAUGGACUGCAGGAUAGAGUUAAUCUGUUGAAAAGAUUGUCAGGUGAUAUACACGAGGAGGUGGAUAGUCAUAACCGCAUGUUGGAUCAUAUGGGCAAUGAUAUGGAUUCUUCAAGGGGAAUCCUCUCAGGAACUAUGGACAAAUUCAAAACGGUAUUUGAGACAAAAUCCAGCCGAAGAAUGUUCUCGCUUGUAGCAUCCUUUGUUGUGAUUUUUCUUAUCAUUUACUAUCUAACUAGGUAAUUGGUCUUUCAUUCAAUCAGCUUGAUGUUGGAUCUGAAAGGAGGCUGCUUGCCCUGUUACUGUAAUUAAUGUCACUACUUGUAACAUGUUCCUUUAUGUUUGUAUAAAGAUUUUUACUUUUUAAUAUAUUUUUUCAUUCCCUUGA